CCAGGCAGAAUUGGAGAAAGAAGACACCGUCUCUGAUUUAAAAAAAGAAAGAAAGAAAAAGAAAAAAGAAAACCCCCUGAGCUUUACCAAGGGUUUCCUCCUGCUGUUUUGGUUUUUCACGACUCCUUUUGCAAGACCUGUUUAGCAGGUCAGAUUCUGGUGCACAUCAUGUCUGGUUUUGAAGAUGCUGACACGGAAGAGACAGUAACCUGUCUCCAGAUGACUGUUUAUCAUCCUGGCUACCAGCGAAGUGGAAUAUUCCAGUCAAUAAGAUUUUUUAACCGAGAGAAACUCUCCUCCAGUGAAGUGGUGAAAUUUGGCCGAAAUUCCAACACCUGUCAUUAUACGUUUCAGGAUAAACAGGUUUCCCGAGUUCAGUUUUCUCUGCAGCUGUUUAAAAAGUUUGGUAGCUCAGUUCUCUCUUUUGAAAUUAAAAAUAUGAGUAAGAGGACCAAUCUGAUUGUGGACAACAAGGAGCUGGGCUACCUAAAUAAAAUGGACCUGCCAUACAAGUGCAUGGUUAGAUUUGGGGACUAUCAGUUCCUGAUAGAGAAGGAAGAUGGAGAAUCAUUAGAGUUUUUUGAGAUUCAAUUUACUUUGUCUACAACACCACUCUUGCAAGAAAACAACUGGCUACCAGAGCCCAUACCUGAGUGUGGCGGUUAUUCAUCUUCCUCCACCCAAAACAAUUCUCCUAUAGAAAUGGGUGAAAAUGAAUGGUGAACACACAGGGCUAAGAGAAUCAUGGCUGAAGAACUCUAGACACUUUAUAUAGAUACUUCCCUUAUUAAGAGUUUAUCAGUGUAGUAUAUUAUUGUCAUCUGUCAUUUGAAGCCUGUCAGUUGUGUUAGUCAUUGCUUUAGGCUCUUGUUGCAUUGCUGGAUGUAUAAAGAAUUACUGUAAGUGUACUCUGUAAGUGUUAAUACAUAAAAAGUAUCCUUUGUGAUGAAGGAUUAGUGUUCUCAAAAUAAGGUUAUGUUGCUUUAUUUUUAUGCUUGAUUUUGGUCCUACAUUUUGUAUUGUUUCAUUUUGAUUUGUACAGAACCAUCUCUUGGUUUGGUCAUACUAUUUCACAACAGCCAUUUGUUUUCAAGGUCAGAGCUACAAGCAAGUUAUUAUGGGUGUUGUAACCUGUUGGUACUUAUAGUACCAGAGUACUGGAAUAGAGCAUAGUGUGUUUUAGUGUCUGUGUGUCAUUGUGGUUUUAAUAUGGGAAGAC